AUGUGUGUGUGUGAUGAGCGGGGAAAAAAUAAACAUUCGGAUGAAGUUUCGUUUCCCAUAACAACAGAAGACAAAUUGGAGCCGAUCAGCCGAUGUACGCAAUCAAUGAAAAAGUAUUUAGACGAGCUUAAAGAAAUUUUAGUGCUGUCAUUUGAACAUGCCAAAGUUAGACUUUAUUCAAUAAUUAAUUUAAAACAAAAUACUAGAGAACAAGCACAUGGGAGACAUUUUAAAGCGCAUGUCCAGACUACACUUUGA